GCACGCUGGAUGGAGUAUUCGCUCUUGCACUCGAUGCGAGUUGUACUUUCUGUCUAUGAUUCAUACGAGGUACCGCCGGCCUUGCCUUAUCCGGCUUGAGAUAUUAGAGUCAAUCCAUUAUUGUUUCCUCAUUGCCUAUAUCUUGUCCUGGGCCGCCGGCUUUCUUCAACAAAACUGGCUAGCAACAUUUGAAAGAAGGAAAGAACACUGAAAGAUUCUGCCGGUUGUUUUCAAAGUCAUCAUCCCCCGCCGGCCUCGUUAGUCUACCUAUCGUUGAUGCAUCAAGAUCAUGAUAGAUACUCACCAAGCCAGCUUGGCCGUAAGGAAGCUCAAUGGAUUGGCAUUGUCAUCAUUGGAAGAGAGCAAGGCGGCGUAUAAAUUUAGCUGUGGUCUACUUGACUGAAGCAGACUAUUUCUCAACCUCAAGAUUUCAUCAUCCAAGUAUCUAGGCACACAUUUUACAUUUCAAUGGGAGAGUUAUCAUCGAACUUGCCAAGCAACGCUCAGAUCAAAGUCCAGUCAUGAUUGGUAGAUUAGAUGACACCAAUGGCGAAGACCUGCGCUUACCCUUGACCAUCCCCGAAUGGAGAGGUGCCAACGCAGCUGGUGGUGGCUUGGAACGGCUCCUGUUGCUGCUGGACAAGGAACACAAAGCACAAUCCAACGCCUGGAUCUCAUUAGCAACUGAAGACUCGAUUCGCCAGCAAUGGGAAGCUGCCAAAGCGGCCAAGGCCAAUGGAGCUGACGUUCCCUUGUUUGGCGUCCCAUUCGCCGCAAAGGACAACAUAGACGCCAUCGGCUUUCCCACUACAGCUGCGUGUCCAGCCUUUUCUAAUGGGCCAGUGGACACCGAUGCCACAGUCAUCUCUCGGCUGAAAGGCGCGGGUGCCAUCCUGAUUGGCAAGACCAAUCUCGAUCAGUUCGCUACCGGCCUCGUGGGCACUCGAUCUCCAUACGGCGCGGUGCCCAACACUUUUGACCCUGAACGUGUCAGUGGUGGUUCGAGCUCCGGGAGCGCCGUCGUCGUCGCGCGGGGCACCGUGCCUUUUUCAUUAGGCACCGACACUGCCGGCUCCGGUAGGGUCCCGGCUGGUCUCAACAACAUCAUUGGUCUGAAACCAACCAGAGGCGCCAUCAGCACAACUGGCGUGCUACCUGCUUGCCGAACACUAGAUUGCGUCUCCAUCUUUGCUUUGACGGUCGAUGAUGCUCAGGAAGUUCUUGCAGUUGCAGAGGGGCAUGAUCCAGUACGAGAUUCGGGAAUUGCCUUGGAGCCAGUUGAUUUCUCAGACCUGUUUGAGCUUGCAAGUCUGCUCUAUGAAGGCCCAUGGGUAGCCGAGAGGUACGCUGCUAUUCGAUCCCUUAUCGAACAGGACCCAGCAGUACUCGACCCUACUGUCCGCAGCAUCAUCCUCAAGGCCAAUGGGUUCAGCGCAGCCGACCUCUUCGAUGCACAAUAUCGGCGCCAAUAUCUUGUCAAGAAGAUUGCCGCGGUCUAUGCCAAGUAUGAUGCAAUCCUUGUGCCGACGGCUCCAACAUUUCCACGACUCCAGGACGUCGCACGGGAACCUGUCAGGGAAAACUCGCUCUUGGGCACCUACACCAACUUUGUGAACUUUAUGGACUGGUCGGCCCUUUCCAUCCCUGCCGGCUUCUGCACCCAAGAGCUCCCAUUUGGGAUCACGCUCAUCUCAAACACCUGGCAAGAGCCAAAACUGAUUUCCCUAGCCAAGACGUUCCUCUCGACGGAUAAGAGGCGCCUAGGCGCAACUAAUGCCCUUUAUCAGGAGCCCGAGCCGUCGUUGGAGCACAUCUGCGUGGGUUUCCCCUCAACAAGGAUCUGA